UAACACAAUUUUAUAUAUAUAUUCAAUACAUUACAGAUAGUUUGAGAGCAGGCCUGAAUAGUAUUUUUUCUUUUCAUCUGUUGACAACUUGGGGUGUUUUCUAUUAAGCAUGCGUAAUCUUUUUGAAAUCAAUAGCGUUAAUCAGUUGACUUUAACUGAGAUGUUUCAUCUAUCCCAAAAUAUAAACUUACAAGUAUACACCUCUGCACAUUCCUGGCUCCCACGCCUAGCCCCACAUGUUUGUUAAAACCAAUGAAGCUUCUCCCUUGCUGUGAUGUACUUGUUUGAACAGGUUAUUUUUAAUGUAUGCUGAAUUGCACACCCAGCCACACCAUCGAAGUAUUGUAAGCUAUGUGGGGUAUUUGUAGUGUUCUGCCCUAGCAAAGAGCAUGGCUCAGUCACUAUUCCUGGUCAACGUUUUCCUCUUCUUCUUAGCCGUGCUGCUCCUUUAUCAUUUUAGCAAUAUCUUCAGAUACUACUUCAGGAUUUUCUUUUUAAAAGGCUGGAUACUUGUUUGGUCCUUUUUUCUGCUCCCGGUCCUAGCUCUCUGUGGAAGGAAUGUGGCAAAUAUGAGAGUUCUACGUUUCACCAUGCUACCUUUAAAGCUCCUUUAUGGCAUUAAGAUCAAUGUGCAGGGAGCUACAAAUUUAAAUCUGAAAGGGCCCUAUGUCCUCAUCUCUAAUCUGCAGUGCUCCUUGGACCUGCUUGGGAUUUUUCAAAUCUUGCCCAAGCGAUGUACCCUUUUCGUCAAGAAAGAGAGCCUGUACAUGUUUACUGUUGGUGUUGUCUUGUGGCUCUGUGGUUUCAUUUUCAUUGAUCAUAAGAAGGAAGCAGAAGCUGUUGAGAUAAUAUCAGCAACUGGAGACAUCAUGCUCCAGGACCAUCUGCGAAUAUGGGUAUUUUCUGAAGGCCACAGAACUGGUGAAUCCACCUUGGAGCCCUUGCAAAGAGAAGCCGUCCAUCUUGCAGUGAAGACCCAGGCGCCAAUCAUUCCUGUGGUGAUGUCCUCCUACACACCAUUUUUGAACAUGAAGACUAACAAAUUCACAUCUGGGGACAUCACCAUCCGGAUUCUUCCUCCGGUGAAGACCAAGGGAUUGAGCCCGAGUGAUAUCCCAGACUUAACAGACCACGUGUGGGGGACCAUCCUGUCCACCUUCCAUGAGAUCUCAGGAGAGCCUGAGAAACAAGCAAGUGUGGUCAAGGAAGACACCAGACAAGCCCCCAAUUACUAAGGAACUUAUUUAAUUUCCCCCCCC